AUGGCCUCCAACAGCAGCUAUGCUCUCUCCACCUCCCACAAGGACAUGCUGGAGAACUCUCUUCUUGCCACUGACCCGGAGAUCGCUGAGAUUAUGAAACUCGAGAUCCAACGUCAAAGAGAAUCGAUCAUCCUCAUCGCCUCCGAGAAUGUCACCUCCCGCGCCGUAUUCGAUGCCUUGGGAUCCCCAAUGUCCAACAAAUACUCCGAGGGCUACCCAGGUGCUAGAUACUAUGGUGGAAACCAACACAUCGACUCCAUUGAGUUGACCUGCCAAGCUCGGGCUCUCACUGCCUUCCACCUCGACGAGAAGAAAUGGGGUGUCAACGUUCAAUGCUUGAGUGGCAGCCCUGCGAACUUGCAGGUCUACCAGGCUAUCAUGAGGCCUCAUGAUAGACUGAUGGGUCUCGAUCUUCCGCACGGUGGUCAUUUGAGCCACGGUUACCAGACCGCUCAAAGAAAGAUCUCUGCCGUUUCCACCUAUUUCGAGACUUUCCCAUACAGAGUCAACCUUGAGACUGGCAUCAUCGAUUACGACAGACUUGAGGAGAACGCUCUCAUGUACAGACCAAAGGUUAUUGUUGCCGGUACAUCCGCAUACUGCCGCUUGAUCGACUAUGCCCGUAUGCGCAAGAUUGCUGAUCUUGUCGGUGCGUACCUUCUCGUUGAUAUGGCUCACAUCUCUGGUCUUAUCGCCGCUGGUGUCAUCCCGAGUCCUUUUGAGCACGCCGAUAUUGUUACCACUACUACCCACAAGUCUCUCCGUGGCCCUCGUGGUGCCAUGAUCUUUUUCCGCAAAGGCGUCCGCAAGACCGAUGCUAAGUCUGGCACGGAGACUCUGUACGAUCUUGAGGGCCCAAUCAACUUCUCCGUCUUUCCAGGUCACCAGGGUGGACCUCACAACCACACCAUUACUGCUCUUGCCGUUGCUCUCAAGCAAGCUACCACUCCUGAAUUCAAGCAAUACCAGGAGCAAGUUAUCAAGAACGCCAAGGCCCUCGAGGUUGAGUUCAAGAAGCUUGGCUACAACCUCGUCUCUGGCGGAACUGACUCGCACAUGGUUCUCCUUGACCUCCGAUCGCAAGCACUUGACGGUGCCCGUGUCGAGGCUGUCUUGGAGCAAGUCAACAUUGCUUGCAACAAGAACUCCAUCCCAGGCGACAAGUCUGCCCUCACCCCAUGUGGUAUCCGCAUUGGUACCCCAGCCAUGACAUCCCGCGGUUUCGGCGAGGAGGCUUUCGUCAAGGUUGCAGAUUACAUUGACCAAUGCAUCAAGAUCUGCAAGGAGGUACAAGCUGCGUUGCCCAAGGAGGCCAACAAGCUGAAGGACUUCAAAGCCAAGGUCGCUUCUGGUGAGUUAGAGAAGAUCAACGAGAUGAGGAAGGAGAUUGCCGCCUGGGCUGGCAGCUUCCCUCUUCCCGUUGAGGGCUGGAGAGCUUAG